GUGACCUCGGGCUUUCCCGGAACCCCUUCACCUCUCGGGGUCUGGGUUUCUCCACCUGUGAAAUCGAGGUCAUGCCAGCCCUGCCUGCCUCCCUCCCUGCCGCCCGCCUCCGGGGCGUGCGAGGAGGGCCGGAGGAGAUGAUGCAUGUGGACUUGCUUUGUAAAUGUCCCUGCGCUGAGAACACUGCAGCAUUUUGAUGGCUGUCUCAAAGGAUGGAAGGAGGCAGAGAGAGAGAGAGAGAGAGGGGCGGGUGGGGAAGAAGACCAGAGCCGUCACCAAGAAGGGUGAGCACGAGUCUGGCUUGCUCUGACCCCAGGCCCCCCUCUGGAUGGGGCGUGAGGUGAGGAGUAGAUAGCAAGCAGGCUUUUCUCCCCUCUGGAGAAAACCUCACCCCCUUUUCUGGGCCGCCCCUCAGGGUCUCCGUCACCCAACUCCAUGCUUCGAGUCCUGCGCGCUGCCCAGGCCUCUGCUGCUCGGCUGUCUGGCCUGCUGCUGCUGCCGCCAGUACAGCGCUUCUGUCUGGGGCCCAGCAAGUGGGGGGACCGGCCUCCUGGAGGAGGCCCCCAUGCAGGUCCCGUGCGGGGGCUGCAGCGGCUCCUGGAACAGGCGAGGAGCCCUGCGGAGCUGCUGCGCUGGCUGGGCCAGAACCCUACCAAGGUGCGGGCCCACCACUACCCUGUGGCGCUUCGCCGUCUGGGCCAGCUCUUGGGGUCUCAGCCACAGCCCCCUCCCGUGGAGCAGGCCACACUGCAGGACUUGAGUCAGCUCAUCAUCCGAAACUGCCCCUCCUUUGACAUUCACACCAUCCACGUGUGUCUGCACCUUGCAGCCUUACUUGGCUUCCCAUCUGAUGGGCCCCUGGUAUGUGCCCUGGAGCGGGAGCGAAGGUACCGCCUCCCUCCGAAGCCUCCCCCUCCUCUGCAGCCUGUCCUUCGUGGUGGGCAAAGGCUGGAAGCUGCUCUGAGCUGCCCCCAUUUCCUGCGGCAUCCACGGCAGCACCUCAUCCGAAGCCUGUCAGAUGCCAGGCCAGAGGAACUGACUCCCCAUGUGAUGGUGCUCCUGGCCCAGCACCUGGCCCGACACAGGUUGCGGGAACCCCAGCUUCUGGAAGCCAUUGCCCACUUCCUGGUGACCCAGGAAGCCCAGCUCAACAGCAAGGUGGUGCAGAAGCUGGUCCUGCCCUUUGGGCGGCUGAACUACUUUCCCCUGGAACAGCAGUUUAUGCCCUGCCUUGAAAGGAUCCUGGCUCGAGAAGCAGGGGUGGCCCCCCUAGCCACUGUCAACAUCUUGAUGUCACUGUGCCAGCUGCGGUGCCUGCCCUUCCGAGCCCUGCAGUUUGUCUUUUCCCCAGGUUUCAUCAACCACGUCAGUGGCACCCCUCAUGCCCUGAUUGUGCGGCGCUACCUCUCCCUGCUGGACACGGCCGUGGAGCUGGAGCUCCCAGGAUACCGGGGUCCGCGCCUUCCCCGAAGGCAGCAAGUGCCCAUCUUCCCCCAGCCGCUCAUCACCGACCGUGCCCGCUGCAAGUACAGUCACAAGGAUAUAGUGGCAGAGGGGCUGCGCCAGCUGCUGGGGGAGGAGAAAUACCGCCAAGACCUGACCGUGCCUCCAGGCUAUUGCACAGACUUCCUGCUGUGUGUCAGCAGCUCUGGUGCUGUGCUUCCCGUGAGGACCCAGGACCCUUUCCUACCGUACCCCCCCAGGUCUUGUCCCCGGGGCCAGGCUGCCUCUCAGCCCACUACCCGAGACCCUGUCCAAAGGGUGGUGCUGAUGCUGCGGGAACGCUGGCACUUCUGCCGGGAUGGCAGGGUGCUGCUGGGUUCACGGGCCCUGCGGGAACGGCACCUGGGGCUAAUGGGCUACCAGCUCCUGCCGCUACCCUUCGAGGAACUGGAGUCACAGAGAGGCCUGCCCCAGCUCAAGAGCUACCUGAGACAGAAGCUCCAAGCCUUGGGCCUCCGCUGGGGGCCUGAAGGGGGGUGAGGGGAUACACAUGGGGCUCACCAUUGCCCCCCUAUGGGGGGUGGACAAUUUGCACUUUGGCUCCCUCUGUGUUUGUUCAUUAAAGUCCCUUUCCUUCCCCUUC